UAGUUUAGUUUAAAAACAGGAAGUGACGUCAAACACCUCCAAUCAGCAGGGGGCGGCAUAGUCAGGGGAUUCGUCCGGCGGUAUUUACAUCAGAGCGCUGACCCAGCUACUUCACAAUGAAUCCGCUGACCAAAGUGAAGUUGAUCAAUGAGCUGAACGAGAGAGAGGCUCAUUUGGGAAUUAAUGAGAUCGCUUCGUGGCACAGCGAGUACAAAGACAGCGCCUGGAUAUUUGUUGGAGGUUUUCCAUACGAGUUGUCUGAAGGUGACAUCAUCUGCGUCUUCUCUCAGUAUGGAGAGGUCGUCAACAUCAAUCUGGUGCGGGACAAGAAGACGGGUAAGUCCAAAGGGUUCUGCUUCUUGUGCUACGAGGACCAGAGGAGCACCAUCUUGGCGGUGGACAACUUUAACGGCAUCAAGAUCAAAGGUCGCACCAUCCGUGUGGACCACGUCAAAGACUACCGUCCCCCCAAGGACACAGAGGACAUGGACGACAUCACCCGAAAAUUGAGGGAGGACGGCUGCGCUCCCAAAGUGUGCCACUCUCCUGCCUCCUCCUCCUGUGAGGAAGAUGAACAGUACCUCGUUCCUGUGAAAAAGACUAAAAAAGACAAGAAGGAGAAGAAGAAAAAGAAGGAGAAGAAGAAAGAGAGACAAUCCUCUCCUCGUCCUCCCACCAUCAGAGUGAAAGAGGAGAAGGAGGACUCCGCCUAUGACAAAUACAAUCAGAGGAGGGCGCCAGCGGCACCAGAACACAUGGGGCAAAGAGCCAAGGAGGACAGGAGAGCAAGGGAUGAGGACAGAGGGGAUGAGGACAGACGAAGAAGAGGCGAUGAGGAUGACAGGAGAAGAAGGAGAGAAGAUGAGGACAGAAAAAGAAGAGGAGACAACAACAGGGACAAUGAUAGGAGGCGGGAUGUGGACAGACACAGACGAUGAUGGUGGCCACACCAGUGUGACAUGUGAACAUCUCAUCAUUCCUUUUCUGGAAUCUUUUACUUUCAUUUUCAAGCAUGUUGUCUUUUAAUGUUGCACGACUCUCCGUGUUUAACAGAAACUAAAUCAGAUUAAAGUCAUUGGUGCACAGUCACAACAUCA